AUGAACCUGACGGACGAGGAUUCCUCCACUUACCACUCACACGGCGCGUGCACGCCAAUUUCUCCCUCGAGAACACCCGAAUGGCAGCCUGUCGCUCCGGAGCAAAAUUUGGAUGUUUUUCCUUCUUCUGCUUCUCCCGUUCGUAGUCUUUCGAGCUCGGUGUCUUCAACAGCGGAGACGCAGCGGAAGAAACAAGAGAGCCCCUCCGUUCGGUCGAAUGACGGCGAAAUUCAUCAAUUAGAAUUUACAAUGUACCCGCUGCCUGAUUUGUCAACCCAGGGCCGGGAGUCGAGAAAGGCUGGACAUUUGGGACUUUCAAAUGGGGAGAGGACGGAUGAGCAUCCGCAUUCAGGGGGGAACGACGAUGGUACGUCAUCUAUAGAGUUUGCAAUAGAUGACGAGAGCUUCCGUGAAUCCAAAUCGCCCAUAUUGAGUGGCUUUCAAUUUGUGCAAAAUCCCUCCGUCACGUUUCGUGAAGCCAGUGUGCCGCCUCAGUGCAGUGGCGGUGAUGGUGAUGCGAAGCGCACUGCGGAACCCACCAAUAAACACGGCACAAAUUUGGCCAAUGUCUACGAGAAUAAUAAAUACACUCAACGGCGCGGCACUGAAACCAAAAAGAAGGCGAAAGAAGUGUUGAAAAUCUCUCCUUGGCAUCUAGAAGAAAAAACAAUGAACACUUCUUUGCAUACGGGGCAAGCGUCUGUGGAGAGUGGGAGCCUUCGUCAUAGUGGUGAAACUGAAGGGGAUAUUCAAGGGGGAAAUCGUUUACGGCGUAAGGAGAGAGUGGAGCCACGGUCCCAAUGGAGUGGCCGGGGAAGUUACGCCUCCAGAAAGGGUGAAAGAAGGAGUAGCCACGACGAGAAAAGUAACUCGUCACUUCCUGCUAUGUCCACGCGUAGUGCCUCAGAUGAUAACAGACCCCGGAGGAGACAAGUGUCUAAUGGUACAUCUUCUGUGCGCUCCCACUCCUCGGAUUUCACCCCGAAGCGCAGUCUACGGGCUUCCCCUCGUCGUGGUAGGGCAUUUCUUUAUCCUUGCCGUGUACAAAACAGUGCCAGCAUGCCCCGCACACAGUCCGCACCGUUGCGGGCUGUGGUUGCCAAUAGUCCGGCGUUGGACCGGUUGAGACGGCGUCGUACGCUGGAGUCUCCACAGCGGGGGCGAAUUAAAGAAAAGGAGGAAAUUUUGGCCAUGCUGGAUGAUGAGAUGGAAAAUAUUUGCAAUCAAGUUAGAGAGUACGACAUGAUAACAGAGUACGAGAUGCUUCGAAGCCCGUUUGAGCGCUUGUAUCACAUGAACAACCGCCGUGAUCGAGACGAACGCCGCUGUCGCAUUUAUCAUUACAUGAAGUUGGAGGAGGCCAAAAAGCGUUUGAUGGCGGAGACAGAAGAAAGCGCAGCACGGCGUCGCGAGCGGCUGCUAAAACGCGAGCAGCGUCGCGAGGAAUUGUUUGACCGUCUCUAUUGCACGACCCCCAACCGGGUGAACAAUAGUCAACUUAAUUCUUUUCAAACCACACGAAGUGGAGCUACUGCUGUGAACAAUGCCUUGUUUCAACGUCUCUAUAACGAAGGCGUGCAAUCCAUGGCGGAGAAGCGGGAAAAGGCACGACGGGCAGAACUAAAUCGUGAGCAGAAGGAGUUGGAGGAGGCGCUUCAUGCCCGAAUUCUCGCCCGACUAGAGUUAAAUACACCACCGGGGCGGUUAUUAACGCCGCGGGAGCGAGAGGUAGAAGCCGAGAAAAUAAAACAUAAACUUAUCCAAGAUCCCAACCAACUGCGGGAGUAUCUCAAGACGAGUCGUCUCUCCAAGAAGGAGGAGGAUGCAAUGGCGUGGCGACUCUCUCGACAAGGGUACAAUAGCGCUUCGAAACUUGCAAAACAAAAGGAGGAGAAGGAACUGCGGGGAUGCACGUUUCAUCCCACGACAAAUAAGAAUUUUAUUAUACGAGGUGGUUGGGCGGCUGCAAGGUACAGUAAGGCCACAGUGGCGUCUUUGUCGCGGGUGAAGAAAGACGAGUCCAAGCCGUCUCCAGCCAAUUCUCCGCAAAGAUCGGGAUCUCGCGUUCAAAAAAUGGCCUGUGAGCAAUUAUAUAUGAAGGCCCUUAAGCAGCGCGAGAGACAGAAGACUCUCGCUGAGGAGGCAGAUAAGCAGAAGCGACUCUCACUCUUGAAAGCCAAGCUGAAGGAAGACCAUCACUUUCGCCGACGCGUAGAAUUAGAUCCAUCGUUGGCCCAAAGAUUUAUGGCCUCCUUGGUAGUGUAA